AUGGCAGGGGUGCUUUUAAACAUCGACUGGCGGUCGUUAUUAGGCAGAGAUGCCUCCCCCGCGACCGAACCUGAGCUUGAGCCCGUGUUCGAGCCCGUGUUUGAGCCUGUGGAAGAACCCGCGUUGGAACCUGUGUUAGAGGAGCCCGUGUCCGUGCCUACGCCCGAAAUCGCCACACCCGAGAUUAUCGCGCCUGAGGUUGAGGUAAACUUCGAGCCUUUACAUCCGUACCAUCCCUUGGGUGUGACUAUCCCGGGUUACGCGUCUAAUGAAGCAUCUGUUCCUGUGCUGUUAGCGUCACUGAGUGGCAUGGUAGUAUUUGCACUCUUAGGGGCUUCCGCGAUAGCAUUAAGGGUAAACCCAAAAUUGACAAAAACCAAUUUGAUUCGGUUUUGCUGGUUUAUUCUGAAUGGUUGUUUGCACUGCUUUUUUGAAGGAUAUUUCGUCUUCAAUCACGCUACCGUUGCGUCGUCACAAAAUGUAUUCGCCCAGCUAUGGAAGGAGUACGCGCUGUCGGACUCACGUUACCUAACGUCCGAUUUCUUCAUUCUGAGUAUUGAGAGUCUUACGAUGUUUAUCCUGGGACCUCUCUGCUUCGCCAACGCCGUUGCUAUCGUCCGAGGGAGCCCCACUCGACAUGCGCUUCGCAUUGUCGCGUGUAUAGCACACUUAUACGGCGUAGCUUUAUAUUACGUUACAAGCCUCUCCGAGAUUUACUUCACGGGCCGUUCCCACAGCCGGCCCGAGGCCUUAUACUUUUGGGUUUACUUCGUUGGGUUUAACUUACCAUGGGCCAUCAUCCCGGCAGUUCUCUUAUAUGAUAGCGUUAGAACUAUAACUGCGGCGAUAGGAGCCUUGGAAAAGGUAGAUGUCACUCUAAAUGCUUAUCAUCGUAGACAGGGCGGGGUAAACGGCGUUUCCGAGCCUAAAAAGACGAGGUGA